AUGUCACGUACUCGUGGAAAACAAGUAGUGUCUAUCCGUGGCAUUUUUGGGCGAAAAGUUGCACAGAAAGAUGCUUCUGUCCGUAAACCUGCCGCCUAUUACAACAUGAGAAGCCGGAAGUAUCCUCCUCCACAGAAGUCAAGUGGUUCCAAAGUCUCAAAGGGCCCGAAACGGUUCACAUCGAUCCAGUUCGGACGUCGCAACCUGAAAGGCGCAGACUCAUCAAUGACUAUCAGCAGUGGUACCUCUGGUUCAGACGGACAGCGUCUCCUCCAUGACUUCGUUGACUCCAUCAACACCACACACUCCCAAAUCGAAGAGGAUAUUUCUAAAUCGCUGGUAGAAGCAGAGAGAGCGUUAGAGAAGCGAGUCGCGCAGACAAUCUCGGAACACGACGAGAAACUUGAGCUUUCGCGCGCUACGCGUGCUGCUAUCUUCUCCCCCCUGGAGCCAGAAUCUCUGAAGAGUGCAGCUUCCCUAGCUAAAAGCAAGGAUAAAAUCCAUCUCGCCGACGUUUGCAAUAUACUCAGCCCUACCGAAAAGGCUCUGAAGGGCCACUGGAAGGCAUGGGCCAAAACCCAGCAGAAAAUUGCCUGCUUGGCGGUUGAGAUACUCGGCCCUGAAUCCGUGGCUCUCCCACGACCUACGAGAGAGGCCAUGGGUUCGGGGGCAUUUAAGAAGAGACUCGCCAGCGCGGCUGAUGCGUUCGAGAAGCAGGAAUCCGUAGAGCUAAAGAUGUUGGCAGAUGUGCAGAAAUGUAGGGAUGAUAUCGCCUGCCUGGCAGGGGAGAUGAGGAAACAGGUUACCGCUCAGGAAAAGAAAUCGCGAGACGGCAAACGGAAGCAGAGAGAAGAAAUCUGCCAACUGGCUAGGAAGAUGAUUGCGAAUAUAUGA